GAGCUACAUGAAUUUAGCUCCGGAACAGGCGGUGCUGGAGUCAGUCGCUCCACCGGCGUUACCAGUGAAGCAGCAUGUCGACGCACGUCAAGGAAGAGAAGAUUUACGCGUACGGAGAACGCGGCUCCGGUACGAAGACGAAGAGUGGGAAGCCGCAGUACUUUGAAAAGGUUCUUCAGAAAUGCCUGGACGAGAAAAAGCUAUUCGAGGAUCCUGAAUUCCCAUGCGACGACACCAGCAUCGGUGAUGAAGCAAAUAAAGGAAAGAUCGUCUGGAAGAGACCCAAAGACAUCGUGAAGAAACCGCGGUUCUUUGUGGACGGUGUGAGCAGAGAAGACGUCCGCCAGGGAUCCCUCGGUGACUGCUGGUUCGUGGCUGCCCUAGCGUCACUGACUCAACGCCGAGCAUUGUUCGACCGAGUCGUCCCUCAGGGUCAGAGCUUCAAAGAAGGGAAAUACGCCGGAGUUUUCCACUUCGUCUUUUGGAAGGCUAACCGUUGGGUAGACGUCGUUGUGGACGAUAGGCUUCCGGUGUUGCGCUCAGGAGAGAUCUACAGCAUAAAAUCAGGCGAGAAGUCUGAGUUCUGGAGUACCUUGGCAGAGAAGGCGUACGCCAAGUUGAACGGGACGUACGGGAACCUGGAGGGAGGCACAGGUACGGAAGCCCUAACGGAUUUUACUGGAGGCAUUCCUGAGCAGUUCAUUCUGCUACCAUUGCCUAAGAACAUCUGGCGCGCUAUCAAGAGAGCCUUCGAGAGAAGGUCCAUCCUGACCAGCUCUUUCGUGACGCCACCACAACAGGAGGAGGAAGGUGAGACUACAGAAGUGAAGGUGGCUGACGGCCUCUAUGCAAACCACGAGUACAGUGUCACAGGUGUCGCUGAGUUCAAGCUGGACAAUUCAGAUGACCUCACCCAAUUGAUUCGUCUCCGUAAUCCAUGGGGAGAAAGCGAAUAUACCGGACCUUGGAGUGACGUGUCCGCCGAAUGGAAGAAAGUAUCGCCAGCGAAACGUGAAGAACUUGGCGUUACGGUGAAAGAUGACGGAGAGUUUUGGAUGGGUGUAGAUGUGUUCCUGAAACGCUUCAUGAUGGUGGACAUGUGCCACCUGAAGCCAGGGAUCGUCGAGAAAGAUCCCGAAGCCAAACGCUGGGAGACAGCCACGUUCGAAGGCAGUUGGCUCACAGGUGUCAGCGCUGGAGGUUCGGACAUAAGCGAUGACAUGUUCCCCACCAAUCCCCAGUACCUGGUGACGCUUCGAGAACCUGACGAUGAAGACGAGGACGGAGAAUGUUCCGUCCUGAUCUCUCUGAGGCAGAAUACCGAACGCAAGCGUUUAGGCCAGUGGAAAGAGAUUGGCUUCGCUGUUUUCGAAGUAGAUGACCCAGAUUCUCGACCUAAGCCUUUGCCCUCUGACUACUUGCGUGACAAUACUUCUGUCGUGGUAGUAAAACCCAAGCCCAGUCGCGAUGUUACCAAACGGCUUCGUCUCCUGCCAGCUACCUAUUGCAUCCUGCCAUACCUAAAAGAACCAGACACCGACGGCGAAUUCCUGUUGCGGAUCUUCACAGAACAGAAGAGCGAUUGCAGGGAAUGCGACGGUGGGAAGGUGUGCGCUGCCAAGCCACAAGAUCCAAACGAACCCAACGUAGAUGAUGAAUCGGAAGAUGAAGAAGAGGAGGAUGAACUUCCCCAAUAUGUUAUAGAGCUGGCUAACGAAGUGAUGGGAGAUCGGACUACAUUUGACCCAGCCACCCUCCAAGCACUUUACAAAAAGAUCUACGAGAAAGAGGGCCUUCUCUUGGAGUUCCCUCUGGACGUUUGCCGCACCAUGGUCGCUCUCAAGGACAGAUCAUUUACAGGAGACCUUGACCCGGAGGAAUUCGCAUCUUUGUUCUCGUUCGUCCAGAAAUGUCAGGAAGUUUACCAGAAAUACGACAAGACCCGUAUUGGUUCCCUGAGCACGUACCAGCUGAGGAACGCUUUGUGCCUCGCAGGUUGCUACGUGAACCUGCACGUGCUAAAGGCUUUGGUGCUGCGUUACGGACAGGACAAUAAAAUCGGCUUCCUCGACUUUAUCGCCUGUGCAGUGAAGGUCUCCUGCAUGGAGGAAGUCUACCUGGAAAAUGUCUGUGAAGACGGUAACGUCAUCUUCUCCCUUAAUGAGUGGAUGAAGGUAACGAUGUACUGCUGACAAGGUCGAUCCUGCACGUGCCAAGGUGCGCCCGAGGGACCUUCUCGCGCCAGCCUUUCCCGUUCCUGAUCACGCUUUCAGGACAAGGGAAGGAUGAAACUGAAGUCGUAUCGCUAUUCAGCAGCUGUCUGUCAGCAGAGUUAUAUAACCGCUCCAUGUGUAAUGCAUAUUAUGCUUAAUAAACAACGUAACGCAAGCCUA